UCGAGCUAAAUAUGAUUCCAAGGGGAGUCAUAUCCAGUUUAUCAUCAUUGCAAGUUUUGAAAAUGUACAACGUUGGUUUUCUUUGGGUCGAAGAAUUGGAAGAUAAUAUAUUGAGGGAAAAGAACAAGCUAAUAGAGGAGCUACAAUGUUUGGAACACUUGAAUGAAUUGAGCAGUACAAUAAGAAGUGUCUCAGAUCUCCAGAGUUAUGUCAACACCCACACAUUAGUCAACUGUACUCGAGCUCUAUGGCUUAAUUUGUUUCCAAGUAAACAAUCUCUCAACAUUUGGUGGUUGGCAAAUAUGAAGAAUCUAGAAGAUAUGGUUAUAAUUGGUGGAAGAAAUUCAGAAGAGUUGGGUAUUAAUGUUGUAAUGGAAGAGAUAGAAGCACAUGAUGCAGGUGGAGGUCUGGGCAACUCAAUGAUCUCAAGGAAGACAUACUUUAAUAGCCUUCAUACAUUGACUUUAGGAGGAAGCCUCAGAUUGAGGGAUAUGACAUGGGUUAUUCUAGCUCCAAAUUUGACGUGUUUGAAUGUGCAAGUGAACGAGCAUAUAGAAGAGAUAAUAAGUGUUGAAAAGUUAGAUGAUGUUCAAGUUGGGGAUGAAAAUUUUAACCCAUUUUUUAAACUCCAAGUGCUCAGGUUGCAUGUUUUACCACAACUGAAAAGCAUAUAUCCCAAAGCCUUGUCCUUUCCCUCUCUAGAAAAAAUCGAAGUAAAUGAAUGCCCACAGCUUAAGAAGCUGCCAUUAAACUCGAGCAGCGCAAAUGGAGGCAAAGUUGAGAUUAAAGCAGAGGAACAAUGGUGGAAAGAUGUUGAAUGGGAGGAUGAUUCUACUAAAACUACCUUUCUACCGUGCUUUGUGCAUUCUCGCUCCCUUUGGGGAUGAGCUGGCAAACUAUUGAAUGGUGCUGUGAGAGCAAAUGCUGCAUUUGGCUUUGGAUGCUGUGUUGGUGGAUGUGUUACAGCCAAAUGGAGUGAUUUUGGUACUCAAGUAUCAGGACUGCAAUUCUUGCGCAUUUUCUGUUACUGCAUGCGUAGCUUUUUUGCUUUGAUUUUAUUUUGAGAUGUUUUC